CACUGAACCGCUGAUCGCACCGCCUGCACCAGAGAACUGAACUAAAGAGCUGAGAGAGAGAGAAAGAGAGAGAGAACACAAGACGAGAUUUAGGAGUGCUUGCUUCUCAGUAGUGUUUUGCAUGAAUGAAUGUCUCUUGAUGUGCUGUGUGCAUGUACAUAGCACAUGACACAGGAUCUCUGAUCGAUCCCUCUCACGUGCCUGAAGUCCACUUUUGUUAACCUGGAACUUUACUCUUUUAAGAGAUCACACUUUCUUCCUUGCUCUAAAGAUAGAGAUAGAGCAUGAUCACUGAUUGAGAAAAGAUAUUUAUUGUAUCCUCAUCCUGUCCUCCUGAUGCAGUAACACCUGGACGGAAAGACACCUGUCAUCUCAACACCUGGAUCUAGCAGCAUUUUUGAAAAAAAUAUUUUAAGGAUUGCUUUUUUUCUUGGGAUUUCUUUUAUUGUUUUGAAUCAGAGUUUGCACUGGAUAUUGAGGUUUGAAAUACCCAAGGGAACGGAUUCCACGCCUAAACUUUCACUUGGGAGAAAAAGACUUCUGAUGAGAGGAUGCUGCAGGGAAGCAGCGUGAGGCCGAGUCCCACGUGAAGCCCAUCCUCCUCCUGUUCCUCCACCUGCCGCCAUCCCAUGAUGCACUGCCCGUGCCGAGGGAGGCUAAAGCUGCUGCUGGCGUCUCUGAGCUUCAUUAUCCUGCUCACGUGGCUCUACCUGCUGGCGGGCAACCUGGAGAAUGGCCGCUCCUUGCUCCUCGCUCCAUGUCUUCUGGAGUCCUCGGAGGCGCGCUUCCUCGAGCGGGAGGUUCUCGCGUCCCGGGUUCGACAGGUGGAGGAAGAGAACCGGCAGAUCCGCCUCCAGCUCAGUCAAUCCCAGGGACAGACUGAAGGGAACUAUGGCAACCAGCAGUGGGUGGCAUCAGCUGAUACGGGAGCAGAGGAUGUGGAGAACACAGCAGAGGAACGGGCCAAUCACAGCGAAUGUGUCCGCUCACCUACUGCAGAGAAGUGUGAGUUGAUUCACGUGGCUUGUGUGUGUGCGGGUCACAACGCCAGCCGAGACGUGGUCACCCUGGUCAAGUCCAUCUUAUUCCACAGGAGAAAUCCUUUGCAUUUUCACUUUAUAACAGACACGGUGGCCAAUCAGAUCCUCAGCACGUUGUUCCAGUCGUGGAUGGUGCCGUCGGUGCAAGUCAGCUUUUAUGAUGCUGAUGAACUGAAGCCGGAGGUUUCAUGGAUACCCAACAAACACUAUUCAGGAAUUUAUGGCUUGAUGAAACUCACUCUCACCAAAGCGCUGCCCUCUGACCUCUCAAAAGUCAUUGUGCUUGAUACUGACAUCACUUUCGCCACGGAUAUUGCUGAGCUAUGGGCCAUCUUCAAAAAGUUCACAGCAAAGCAGGUGAUUGGACUCGUGGAGAACCAGAGUGACUGGUACUUAGGAAACCUCUGGAAGAACCACAAACCUUGGCCUGCUCUGGGACGUGGUUUCAACACAGGAGUGAUCCUGCUCUAUCUGGAGCGAUUACGGAAGCUCGGGUGGGAACAGAUGUGGAGGUUAACGGCAGAGAGAGAGCUAAUGAGCAUGCUUUCCACUUCCCUCGCCGAUCAGGAUAUUUUCAAUGCAAUCAUAAAACAGAAUCCAGUUCUUGUGCACCAGUUACCAUGUUUUUGGAAUGUGCAGUUAUCUGACCACACUCGCUCCGAGCAGUGCUACACAGAGGUGUCAGAUCUUAAGGUGAUUCACUGGAAUUCUCCUAAGAAAUUGAGAGUAAAAAACAAGCAUGUGGAAUUUUUCCGGAACCUGUACCUGACCUUCCUGGAGUAUGACGGGAACCUGCUCCGGCGAGAACUCUUCGGGUGUUCGAGUCAGGCCACUUCUGAGAGCACAAGGCUUCAAAAAGCACUAGAGGAGCUAGAUGAAGAUGACCAGUGCUAUGAUUUCCGGCGUGAGCGAAUCAUGGUGCACCGCAUACACCUUUAUUUUCUGGAGUAUGAAUACACGUCAACUGAGGAUGAUACAGACAUCACUCUAGUGGCCCAGCUGUCAAUGGACAGACUGCAGAUGCUGGAGGCCAUCUGUAAACACUGGGAGGGACCCAUCAGUUUGGCACUCUAUAUGUCAGAUGCCGAGGCUCAGCAGUUCUUACGCUAUGCCCAAGCAUCGGAGGUUCUCAAAAACCGAAAGAAUGUGGGAUACCAUAUUGUCUACAAGGAAGGACAGUUCUACCCUGUUAACCUGGUUCGCAAUGUGGCUCUCCGUAAUGCCAAAACCCCUUACGUCUUUCUGACUGAUAUAGAUUUCCUCCCUAUGUACGGACUCUAUGAUUACCUCAGAAAAUCCAUCGUCCAGUUGGACAUGGCCAACACCAAAAAGGCUCUGGUAGUGCCAGCCUUCGAGACUCUGAGAUAUCGCCUCUCCUUUCCAAAAUCCAAAGCUGAACUUCUGUCCAUGCUAGACAUGGGGACUCUCUAUACCUUCAGAUAUCAUGUUUGGACCAAGGGACACGCACCAACGAACUAUGCCAAAUGGAGGACUGCUACUACACCCUACAAGGUGGAGUGGGAAGCAGACUUCGAGCCCUACGUGGUGGUCAGACGGGAUUGCCCUGAGUAUGACCAGAGAUUUGUGGGCUUUGGCUGGAACAAAGUCUCCCACAUCAUGGAGCUUGAUGCACUGGAGUAUGACCUGAUGGUGUUACCAAAUGCCUUCAUGAUCCACAUGCCACAUGCACCGAGUUUUGACAUUUCAAAGUUUCGCUCCAGUCCGAGUUACCGGUUCUGCUUGACGACUCUGAAGGACGAGUUCCACCAAGAUCUCUCCAGAAAGUAUGGUGCUGCUGCUCUGAAGUACCUCACUGCUCAGAGGAACAUUUAAAUUCAGCCCUUCAUGUAUGUCCGUGCACAUUGGGGACACGUCUAAUCUGUUCCUGGAGGCCUUGUGGCCACAUGCUGCUCUCAGACAUGUUGAUAUAUCCAGUGUGCAUCAAGGUACUGAACUGUCCUUUCACAGUUUCUGCAUUUCUAUUAAAAUCUGCUCGACGCAGAUCAGACUGAGUGGAGCUUUAAACCUUGUUUUUGAACAUACUUGUUACAUUCAAGACUCAAUACAGCGAUGUCAGUACUAUUCCAAGCUAUGUGAAAAAUCAGACUGAGUGAAACCCAAAACAAGAUGGCUAAUACCUAACCGACCGCUGGUUGGCAGUGUUAACUGAAGUCUACUGUAUGUUUGUUUUUAAAGGUCUGGCAUAAGAGAUCUUGAUAAAGGUUUUUUUGACAA